UAUAUUACAUAAUAUUUUCACGGAAUAUCCGGCGAAAAGGCUUCAAAAGGCCCCCAAAAUCAACGUCGCGUUAAAAAAAAAAAAGAACGCAGAUCGCGAUCGCGUGAGAUCGAUUUCCGGCGGAUUUCCAGGAGCGCAGAAUAUGGCGUUGAGAUCGAUUUGCCGGCUGUCAAUUGAUUCGACCUUCAGGCAGUUGAGCCAUUUCGGAGCCACCGCCCGCCCGAGACGACUGUCCUUCGACACGCUCCUACGAAACUUCGCCGCAGCAGCUAAGAACAUGGCACUGCCACGCGUUUACUUCGACAUGACCGCGGACGACAAGCCCGUGGGUCGCAUCGUGAUGGAGUUGAGGAAGGAUGUUGUCCCUAAGACGGCAGAGAACUUCCGUGCUCUCUGCACCGGAGAGAAGGGUUUUGGCUACAAGGGUAGCAGUUUCCACAGGGUAAUCCCGAAUUUCAUGUGCCAGGGUGGCGAUUUCACUAACCACAAUGGCACUGGUGGUAAAUCCAUUUAUGGUGCCAGAUUCGACGAUGAGAACUUUAAGCUCACUCAUAGCGAGCCUGGUAUACUUUCUAUGGCGAAUGCUGGGCCCAGCACCAAUGGCAGUCAGUUCUUCAUCACCAGUGCCAAGACCAGUUGGCUUGAUGGAAAACACGUUGUGUUCGGAAAAGUUAUCGAAGGAAUGGAUGUUGUUAGAAAAUUGGAGGCCAUGGGUUCUCAGAGCGGCAAGACUUCCAAAAAGAUCAUAGUAGUGGACUGUGGAGAAUAUUAGAUCAACUAGAUACUGUAAUGAAUGCAUUUUUAUUUAGCUGUUGCAUAUAUAUUUACUGUCUUUAUUGCCCUACUUUAUCCAUUCUCAAGGAUCACAAUUCUCUCAUCGAUACUAAUAAUUUUUUUGAUUGAACACGGAUUGAAAGCUUCAAUGUAGAAACGAACGAAAUUGCUUGAAUUGUAAUUUUUUUUUUUUUUUUUAAUUUAGAUAAGCUUAUUUUAGUUUCUAGAUGAUAGAAAAUUCUUUGCUGUCUUUUUUUAAGAGAAUCUAUCAAUUCCGAGUACUAUCCAGUGCUUUAUUAUACAGUUAAUACAACCUGUGUGUUUUUUUUUAAAUCUUAUUCAGUAAUUUUUGCGAAAUCCAUAUUCUUCCACGAGUACACUCGCUUAAUAUCACUGAGUGAUUUAGCAAAAAGGCACACAAGCAAUGAGCUCAAAUGUUUCCAUACCAUCUUAUAUUUUAGUGAGUGUUAAGAAUACGAAGAUCUUCAAUAAUAGAAUAGAUAUUUCAAAUUUUGAAAUGAAUAAUUGAUGUAUUGAUUCCAGUGUGUUAACCAAUGCAUUUCUCUUCAGCGUUAUACAUUUGACUUUGCAUCAUAUAUAAUAUAUAUAGAUAUAUCACAAUUAGAAUUCUCAUUAUAUGUUUUUUAUAAAUGUAUAUCAUUUCUUAAUCGUGCGCGCGCGAAUUAUAAAAUGGAUAAUCCUGUUUGUUUAUCGUAAUGCAGGCAAUGCCUGAAAAAAAAAUAUCUUACUGUAAUACAACACCAACAAAUUAAAAAAUGUAGUUGCAACAGUCUGAAUAGUUCCGAUUUCUUAAAAAUAAAAUUGUUUUCAGAAAGAA